ACAAGAAGAAGUUUCAGCACUUGAACGUUUUUACUUCCUGUUCACUUGAUGCGAAAUUUGUUUAUGUUUACCCAUCCGGGUUGUGCAGUUCUUUUGUGUACUGUUCUCCUAACCAAACGAGCUCCUUCAAAACAUUCUCAUCGGAUGCGACAAAUUACUACUAUGUGAACGCCAACGCAACCCCAAACAUCCAAGUCAAUGAGGAGAGGAAAUUCAGGUCACGACAAAAACGAAAGAAAAUGCGGUGUCCCACAGAGGUCUCUGCAGAAGAUGUUCACCAUGAGAAGCACAAUCCCCUCCGUGUUAAACAGGAAAAGGAGUCCGAGAUACCGUACAUCAAACAGGAGGCAGAGCCAGAGACCCCAAACAUGAAAGAAGAAGACCAGGAAGUUGAAAUCCCCAAGUUUCCAAUGGGUGUCAGUGUGAAGAGCAAAGAAGACGAAGGACCAAGCGAAGAGAACGGAGCAGCGAACCCUUCGGACGGCAGCUCAUUUCAGCAUGUGACAACAAAGGGAGAGGGACUAUCGCAACCGGACGGCCUCUUAGCUCCGCUUUCGGACAGCGACGACAUAACCUUACAUUCUUCUGACACUGACACUGAUGAGGAGGAGGAUGACUUUGACCAAAAUGCUUCACAAUCUUUAAACAAGUCAUCAUUGAAAGGAGACACAAAGGAAUGCGCGGUUGGGAAACCUUUUCCCUGCUCACUCUGUGAUAAAACAUUUACUGGGAAACGUAAUUUAAAAGUACACAUGCGUACACACACCGGAGAAAAACCUUUUGCCUGCACACUUUGUGGUAAAAGAUAUGUUGAUAAGAGAGGUUUAAACAAACACACAAGCAGACACACUGGAGAGAAGCCUUUUGCCUGCACAAUUUGCGAUAAAAGAUUUCAUUGUAAGAGUGAUUUAGAAAAACAUCAGCGUACACACACUGGAGAAAAGCCUUUUGCUUGCACACUUUGUGGUAAAAAAUUUUCUCUGAAAACUAAUUUAGAAAGACAUAAGCAUACACACACUGGAGAAAAGCCUUUUGCCUGCUCAUCUUGUGGUAAACGAUUCACUCAUAAGGGAAAUUUAAACAAACACACACGCAGGCACACUGGAGAUGACCCUUUCGCCUGCACAAUUUGUGAUAAAACAUUUUCUUGGAAACGUAAUAUAAAAGUACACAUGCGUACACACACCGGGGAGAAGCAUUUUGCCUGCACACUUUGUAGUAAAAGAUUCGUCGAUAAGAGAGGUUUAAACAAACACACCAGCAGACACACUGGAGAGAAACCUUUCGCCUGCACAAUUUGCGAUAAGAGAUUUUAUUAUAAGAGCGAUUUAGAAAGGCAUACGCGUACACACACUGGAGAAAAGCCUUUUGCCUGCACACUUUGUGGGAGAAGAUUUUCUCUGAAGACUAGUUUAGAAAGACAUAAGCAUACACACACUGGAGAAAAGCCUUUUGCCUGCACACUUUGUGGUAAAGGAUUCACUCAGAAGGAAGAUUUCGUAUCGCACACAAGAAAACAUGCUGGAGAGAAGCCUUACGCCUGCACACUUUGCGAAAAAAGAUUUUAUCAGAAGACUGAUUUAGAAAGGCAUAAGUGCACACACACUGGAGAAAAGCCUUUUGCCUGCACACUUUGUGAUAAAAAAUACUCCACGAAGGCAAAUUUAAACAUUCACACAAGAACACACAGUGGAGAGAAGCCUUUUGCCUGCACACUUUGUGAUCAAAGAUUUUAUCACAAGCCUUAUCUAGAACAGCAUCAGCGUACACACACUGGGGAAAAGCCUUUCGCCUGCACAUCCUGUGGUAAACGAUUCACAAAUAAGGGAAAUUUAAACACACACACAAAAAGACACACUGGAGGGAAGCCUUUCGCCUGCACACUUUGUGGUAAAAGAUUUUCUCAGAAGACUUAUUUAGAAGAGCAUAAGCGCACACACACUGGAGAAAAGCCUUUUGCAUGCUCACAAUGUAGUAAAAGAUACGCUCAGAAACGAACUUUAGUAAGGCACGCAAGAGGCCACACUGGGUUAAAACCUUUGAAUAUCAGCACCUGACAAAAUAUUCUGAUUCCUGCAUUUACAGUGGAAAAAGCAUUUCAAUUUCCUUGUUCAGUUUCCCUUAAGCCUCUUUUGAUAACGUUUUUUAAAUUAUUUUUCAGUUGCUGUUCUUUUUCUAUCCAAUAUAUAUAUUUAAAAUUGAAUAAAUUGUGUUACAUGUCUUUGUGUUGAGAUUGUUCCAUGACAGACAUACUGCUUUUAAGGGUGUUAAAAAAUCGAUUUUGAGAUAUUUCGCGAUAUUAGGUCACGCUAUUUUCGUAAAUAUUCAAAAUCCGUCUGUAUCGAUCAUUACAUGUGUGUUUUUGGUGGAAAUAAAUAGGGCUGCCGCUAUCGAAUAUUU